ACGAACACAGUGGGCUCAGUCACAGAGGUCAAAACUUUCUUGCAGUACUUCAUGUAAGUUUAUUGUAGAGGUAUGGAUUAUGUCAAGGUAAGAAGACAACGUCUCUACUCAACGCUAACAAUGAUUAAAAUGAGAGAAAUCGGCAUUAAUACUACUAGUCAGUCUUUCCUAAACUCGAAAUAUUACAGACACUUUCAAUUCUAUAAAAAAAUAAAACAAACUCAACAUUUUUUAGAUGAGCACGGCGCCAUCUUUAACCUAGAAUUCUCACCAAGUGGUAACGUUUUGCUAGCCGCUUGUGAAGAAGCCAGUAUAGUUUUCGUGGACCCGAAGACAAAAAAGCACAUAAAUGUUAUAUCUAACGCACAUAACGAUAGCAUAAAUUGCAUUUGCUUUUGCGAUGAGAAGAUAUUUGCGAGCGGAUCAGACGAUUGUAAUGUCGCCUUGUGGGACAUGCGAAUGUUAGAUAAUUGUAUAACAACGCUUAGCGGCCACACACACUGGGUAAAAAGCUUGGUUUAUGAUGAGAAUUCCGGUUACCUUGUAAGUGCUGCUUUUGACGGCACUAUACGUACAUGGGAUAUAAACAGUUUGAAUGAGGAUUCAAAAAUUGUGUAUGCUAGUGAUUUGAAUACUUUAUAUUGUGCUCGUGUGAGUCCCAAAGGUGAUAAAAUGGUGAUAACGUGUGGUACCAUCAGUGUUAUCCACAAUCUUGAUUUAAGAGCCAUGAAAGACAUUCAACUUGAUGACAAUCCAGUGACAGAAUGUACUGAGGGUGUUGUUGAUGAUAGACUAAAUUUCUUUGAGACUUUUGAUACAGAUUCUGAUUAUCCACUGAAACCCACACAUGUUGUUUCGAUGCAAUUUCAUCCACAUGGUGAAUGCUUUGCCUGUCGAUUAAUUGCCCAGAACAAUCUCGAGUAUACAGCCAUCUAUGAUGUUCAAAGUUGUCAAGGUAGAGUAAAAAGAUUGAGUCACUUCAUCCAGGAUUCUGAUUCGGCAGAAGGAUAUAUCAAAGAACAAAGUUUUAGUGCAGAUGGUCGGAUAGUAGCUUCACCUUUUGCACAUUGUGUAAGGCUUCUUGCUUUCAAUUCUACUUGUUCAAUGUGGAUGAGAGAAUCCCUGCCAAAAACCCUUAAGGAAGUAAAAAUAGUGCUUGGCCAUUCGCAACCUGUACUUUGCUGCAAAUUUUCACCUUCUGAAUUGUUGCUUGCUAGUGGUUGUCUUGGAGGAGACAUCUUGUUUCAUGAACCGAAAUUGUGAUUGAACAUGUGUGCCACCAAAAAUUAAUUGAAAAAUAGUUGUACCAAUGAAUAUAGUAAUUUCCAUUAGGAAAAGCUGUUAGGACUUAGGAUAGAAAAAAAUAUGAACAGAGAAAAAGUUACUUUAUUAGUUUACCUAAUUUAAAUAAAUAUAAGAUACAUGUCUCUUGCAACAUUAA